UCAAAACAAAGCGUGAAUUUUAUACUGUUUGUAAAGAUUUAUAAAUUAUUUAAUAAAUAAUUACACAAAAAUGGAUAAAGCAAAUAAAGAUAACCGUAGCAAAACAAAUCAAUAUAACAAACCUCAUUUUAAUAAAUUUAAAAGCCAAAAUAAAGGUGGUGGUAGAGGCGGAGGAGCACCAUACAAAAAGCCAGCACAUGGCAAAGCAGCUUUUGUAAAUUCCAAAGAUGGUCAGAGUGGGAGAGGUGGAGGCAGUGGAACACCAUACAGAAAGCCAACACAUGGUAAAGCAGCUUUUGCACAAUCCAAAGAGGCUCAGAGACAUGAACGUGCGAAAAAGUUCCAAGAACGACAGGCCCUAAGGACCCAAAAGCAAAAGGAAGUGGAAGAGGAACGUGCCAAAGCCCAGCAGGAAAAAGAAGAAAAGAUUCGCCUUUACAAAAAGAAACGCUUGGAAAAAACUAAAGCCAUCAGUAAAAGAACACAACGUGGCCAGCCCUUGAUGAAGGAUCGUAUGCAAUUGCUAUUGAAACAGAUACAAGAAAUGAAAAAGAAUGGAUAAAUAAUAUUUUAAUUUUUUAGAAAUUCAAUGAUUGGUAUUUAGGAUUAGCAUAAUUAAUUAACAAUAAAAAGUUUUUAUUAAUUAACAUAAAAUCUA